GUUUCAGACCUCAUAACAACCUCACAACAAAAUGACUGAUGAACUACAGAUGGUCGAUGUACAGACGAAUAACUGCGGCGUGCUGCAUGUUUAUGUACAAGGAAAUCUGGAGGAUCGCAAUGGCAAAACAUUCAUUCUCACAUGUCACGAUGUUGGAACAAAUUACAAAACAUUCGUGCGAUUUGUAAAUCACCCGUCAAUGGCCGAUGUAAAAAACAAAUCUGUCUUCCUUCAUAUAUGCGUUCCCGGACAAGAAGACAACGCGGCGGAUUUUGUUGGAGACUUUCCCACAUUGGAUCAAAUCGCCGAGGAUCUAGUGCUUGUGCUUGACAAAUUCGAGAUCAAUUCAUGCAUCGUCUUUGGCGAAGGAGCAGGAGCAAACAUUCUGUGUCGAUUUGCGAUGGCGAAUCCGAACCGAAUCCUUGGAACAAUCCUCGUACACUGCACCUCGACCACUGCCGGAAUAGUAGAAUACUGUAAGGACAAGGUAAUUAACAUGCGUUUGGAAAAUGACAUCAUGACCGAUGGAGCUUGGGAGUACCUAGUCACACAUAAAUUUGGAACCGUCAACAAAAAGGAUAGGCAGAUGUUUGUAGAUGAACUGAAGAAAACGCUGAAUCCGCGAAAUCUGAGCAAGUAUCUACUCUCCUUCACCAAAAGAACAGACCUAUCUGCAUCUAUUGGAACCAAACUCGACAAUGUCGAUACUCUGCUUGUGUCCGGGUCCAAAGCGCCUCAUCAAAACACUGUUUAUACUACACAGAAAAGCAUGAAUAGACGUAAAACCACAGUUUUGGUAGUGGACAACGUAGCCGACGUCUUGCAAGAAGCGCCGGACAACAUGGCCCGUUCGUUCAUUUUGCUAUGCAAAGGUUGUGGAGUCUUAUCUGGAGUUGCUAUUCCUGGAAUGGAGCGACAACGGACACUUAGCAGUUCAAUGGAGGAAGCAGAUCGUCCACGUCGCCUUUCCGUCACUCAACCGAACCUUCCGCCAGUUCCGUCGAAUUGAUUCCGAUUUUUGUAAAGUACGCAUUUCAACUCUCUAUGUCACUGCGCACCUACACUCGGUUUCCCUUUUUCUUUUUGAGUUCCUCUACAUUUCCUUUUCUAUUCUAAUGCACCGAUUUUCCAAUAUUCCAACUAGGUUGUUCGCAGUUGACUGUAAAUUUUAUUUAUUGGUAGUCGUCCUCUGUUUAUUUUCUGUACCAUUCGUACAUGUACAAUCUCUGAUUCACUCUGUUCAGAAUUUGUAUAAAGUGAUCAGUUUUCACUCAGUUAUAUGAGGUUCUUGUGAAUCUGCUGCAAGCUUUGACGGAUUUGGUGAUGUCUUGUUUGAAAUCUUUGGUUCUAGUGGUUCUAUUUUCCCUCUGAAGCAGAUUGUGCAUUCUUUGGUUUUCCCAAGUCAAAAGAGAGAAAGAGUGUAUUAGCACCACAUUGAGAUACUUGCUAACGAAUGUAUGAGAGCGAUUCCAAAUGCACGAGUUGAAAGGACGUUAACGCACAGCAAUUCAAACACGACAACAA